AUGGAAGAGGAUAAUCAGCGUCUCGUGAAGCUCUACGAGGAGCACACCUCCGACAUCGCAGCGCUACGCGUGCUGGCGCAGGAGCGAAAGUACAAGGACGCUGUCUUUACCGCAAUGGAAGCAAAGAUGGCCUCGAUGGACGCUUUCUUGAAGGAACUCAUGAGCUUUACCUGCACUGGCCGCAGCUUGCACGUCCGUAAGGACGCUAACAGCACUCAAAGUACUGCGGCAAAGCCGUCCACGGCGCGGACACCACCGACAGUCGUCUCGAUGGAUGAGGUGCGUGACGCUGUGCAGAAGCAGCAGCACGCCCUCGAGGCGGCGCAGAAGAACGGGGAGGAGCAGAGGCUGGUGAUUCAGGCACUGGAGAACGAAGUGGCCUCGUUGAAGCAAAAGGGGAGGUCCCCCUCGACGUGUUUGCAGGCGCAGAAACGCUGCUUGACGAAGCCGGAUAACGCCACCGCUGACGAAGACUGCUGUCUGCCUGGCACCGCGAAGGAACUGCGUGAUGCGCAGCGCAGGAUUCGCGAGCUGGAGCGUCAGCUAACUAGCACCAGGUGUGAGGCCAAGAACGCCGCGGCUGCUGUGGCAAGCCUGCAACAGCAGUGCACUGUUCACCUGCAGGCGCUGAAGUGCCGCGAUGACGAGCUCGCAGCAAUGCGGAACGUCCUUGACUCCAAGGAACAGCUGAUCUCGACGCUCGAAUCAGAGCUGAGAAAGCAGCGGAGUACCUCAGAUGUGCUGCAGAUAGAGCAGGAGCGCACAUCACAACAUGACGACCACUGCGGUCGCCCCAACUCUGCGCCGGCUGUAGCUCGCCACCGCAGUGGUGGUGACGAGGCGAGCAGUGGCCGCCUUGUCGUGACCCACCACUACCACCUGUUCGGCGGUCAGGCCUUUGUGGACAGCCACAGUUUCUCGCCAGAGUCCUUCAAGGACGCUUUCCUGCGCUCCGUCUCCACGCUGCUGAAAGUCCCAUACGGCUACCUCAGGAGUGUCGAGGUACGUACCCACUCUGAGGCGGUCAGCGUCGAGUUCGACGUCCGUCACUCAGCACGCAUCCGAGAAGACGAGAUCAACUUCUCUCUUCUCAGCCAUGGCUACCCGGAGCUGACCACGUUUCUUGACAAGACCAAGGCGGAGCUGGCAACUCGCAAGCCGCUUGACUGCAAUGCUGUGCGGGUCAAGGAGUUGGAGGCGACACUGGCGGAGAGGGUGGCCGAGGUGGACAACCUGCGCCGCGCCAUGCGCUCUCUCGAAGCUUCGCUCCACCGCCGCGAUGCCGACCGCGAGGUGUUGGACACGGACAUGGAUGCUGCACUUUGCGAAACCGAACUUACUGUGAAGGAGAUGUACGAGGCGCUGCAGGCGAUGCAGCAGGAGGCACAGGAUUUGCAGAAAGCGCUCGCUGUGAAGACCUCGCAGCUGCGCGUGUUGGAGCGGGCGAAGGCUGUCGCGCUGGAUGCCGCGACGGCCGCAGAAGAGCAGCUCAAGACGGACCGGGCGACUCAUCACGAACAGCUCGCCACGGCACAGGCAGCGGUCGAGCAAGCGCGGGAAGCAGCGAUGCAGGAAGCGCUGCAGCGCCACACCAAUGAAAAGGUGGAGCUGCUGAUGAAUACGUUCCACUUUGAUAUGGCACUACCCACGGCCUCGGCGCAGCGCACUGUGAGUCACUUACUGAAAGAGGCUCAGCGGACUCGCGUGCUGCAGGCACUGCUUCUCUGCCAUGCCGCACGGACUGCGGGCGCCGUGCCGGUAGUGGCCAAAAAGUGCUCGUUGGGUGACGAUGCCGCCACGCUGAAGGUCGCCGUGGAAUUGGCCUUUUACGCGAGCAAGAAGGACGCCGAUGCUGUCAAGACGGAUAUCACCAAGAAGCUCAGCGAGGACUCUUGUAGUGCAGUUUAUGAGUAUGUGCGAAUGCUCAGCGAUGCAUCCAAGCGAGAGGCCGAAACCGUGGCGGAUGCGCAGAGAGCUGUCAGCGAGGCAGAGCAGCGCGCUACAGCCGCCAUUGCCGCCAUGCAAGCAGAGACGCAGCAGACGCAAAACACGCAGCGUGCUGCCACGUCAAAGCAGCUGCGCGAGAUCCACGCACGUGUGAGCAGCAUCCUGCCAGGUGGCUCUGCUGAUGUGAAAAGCAUCUUAGAACGCAUUGACCAGCUCGCGUUGCGUCUGGCAACGGCUGAGUCGACAACACACCGUCUCGAGGAGGACAGCCAUCGUGCAGCCCAGCGCUUCAUGGAUGCGCAACAGGAGCGCGAGCAACUGCAACAGACUCUGAGUAACCUGACGGGACACUGCACCGAGUUGCGCAUCGCCAAGGAACAGCUCACUGCGCGUGUGGCCGCAGCAGAAAGCCAGCUUCGUAAUCAGCAGGUGAGCGCCGCGGAGUCGGAAAGCGCUCUCGUGGAGAAGGUGAGGCACCUUGAGGCAUCCUUGCGCGCCAAGGCGGACGCCACGGACUCCGAAAGAGACCGCUUGCUGGAGGAACACAGGACUGCCGCGACGCUGGCGGCGGCUCGGCUGGCUGAGGUCGAGGAAGCCCUGGCCAUCAAGGAGACGGCACUAGCGCAGCUGCAGUCUACGACUGCAUCCUCUGGCUCCGGCGCCGCUUCCAGUGGUUCGGUCGAGGAGACAGCGCUGCGUGAAGCGCUGCGGCUGGCAAAGCAAGAGCGUACGGCGCUGGCACGUCAGGUGAGGGAGAUGGACAUGGACAUGAACGACUUGUCGAACAUCCAAGCCGCCAUGCAGCGUGAGCUGGAGGUGACGCAGCAGGAGCUGCGAGCCAAGAAGCACGACUUCGAUCUUCUGGUAAAGCAGCUCAUCCGGAUGGAAGAGAAAGAGAAGAAGUGGACUUCCGACCAUCCUGCUUCGCCGGUGUCGCCGAAGAAGCAGGACGAAGACACCGAGCUUGACGACGUUGCCCGGGAGUCCCUCAUCGUCUUGACAAACAGCAACAUAAUCCUCCAGCAGUGCCUGCGCCGCCUGCAGUGUACCAUGGCCGCGAUGGGAAUGGCGGCGAGCCUCUCGUCGAGUAGCGCUACCGAUGGCACUGAUGCCGUGGCGGGGACGGCAGCCGGACGUGGCGGCGAGAGGGACGGCGUUAGAAUCGGUGACGACAGCAGCGGAACGCGACGCAGCGGGCAUCGGAAGAGCGCCCUUGGGGCCACGGUGUCGCGCACCGCCAUGAAUCACCAGAAGCUGUCGGCACAGCUAGCAGACAUGCUGCUACGGGUGCUGCAGGAGGUGGAGACCUCGAUGUCUUCGGGGACCGCGAGCAGAAGUUGUGGCCGUCGUGGGCCUGCGACUGCAACGGCGGCGGUGGCUGACGCAGCGGCGACGAAUCUGAGGGUGGCCACGCAAAGGCGCUCUGCGAAGCAUUCGCCGAUGAGUAUACACUUCUCGCGCACGGCAUCCACCCCAGCGGCAAUCGGCUCAGAAAAGUGUGGCCAGACCUUCAACGGCAGUUUCACCAGUCCGCGCGACGCUGCCAUCGCUUCGCGCAACAACACACCGAAACGGGGCACGGUCAGCGAUGCGGCGUUGAGCACGGUGGUCACCGGCUCAGGUGGAAAAGCGAUCAUGGACGCAGCGCCGCGCCUGGACUUCCAUCGUCAAGGGAGCACGCGCACGUAUACCCGUAGCAACACGGCCACCUCAGUGCCCGUGAACGCCGAUAGUGCUGAAUUGCUGCCAGUUGCUGCCGCCAGCGACUCUGCUUCGCCCGAUGCCAACUUCGACAGUAGCGGGGCCGCCACUCGAGGCAGCGGAGGCGAGCGAAAGGAAGAGAAAGGCAAGGAAGAGCUGCCACGUGGUGUGAGCGGCAGCGGGGGCACAGCAACCGCGGGUGGCGCCCUCAACAACGCGUCACCAACGAAGGCGCCGCCCACCAUUCGCCGCAAUGAGGCACCGACGGCCACCACCAAGGCAAACCCCUUGCGUCGCACCAACGCCACUGCCACUACCAGCGGUGGUUCGGCCAUAGGGACCAGCUUUGUGCGCACAGGAUGUGGCUAUCGCCGCCUGCCAAUGGUGACGGACUCGAACGCACCCACCGCAUCGCUAGCGAAGCGAACCCGUCCGCCACAAGUGUGA